CGUCAAAGCCACGCACGGAUCCGAUGUGACACUCCCCCUCCGCUCUGCAAGCAAAGCAUCUUCCUUUCCUUUUUCGAAACCUGUUAUGUUUUAGCAAUUAUAUUCUGCACCAAGCUAUCGGGAAAUCUUACAUGAUUUUAAUCGGACGAUUUUUGUGCAAUCACUGCCAACGGUCUGCAACGGUCUCUCAUCAUCGUCAACAUCAACAACGCGCGCUGCAGCUGAAAAAAACUCGGCUGGCUACAGCAACGCCCAUAGCAACCUUUAUAUGCGCAUCUACGAGCCAUCUGUUCUCUGCUGCUUGUUUGUGUCCGUCGCCUCCGUCUCCGAUAUCUCUGUUGCGACCGUUGCCCUCCCCCGGAUAUACUCCAGUCGCGUCCCCAGGUAAAGACAGGCCAGGCCGGGGUAGGUAUCCUCUACCACUCAGGCCUUUUCACAGACUGCUGCUUUAGCUCCUCCCACCUCACCUGGCUCCUCCCAGCUGUGGCCACUAUUGGGCAGUCUCGCUGGCUCUUACCUGAUUGGUCCCUGGCCUCAGGACGGCAGCCACGCCCACCACACUCCCUGCAUGAGGGACAAGGCCACUCAGACCCCCAGAGCCUGGGCGGAUGAGAGGAGGCGGGGGAGCCACAAGAGAUCUGCCUCCUGCGGGAGCACGGACCAGCUCAAAGAGAUUGCCAAAUUGCGGCAGCAGCUCCAGCGCAGUAAGCGAAGCAGCCGUCACCGUAGAGACAAAGACCGCAAGUCCCCCUUCAACGGCAGUCAUGCUGCCCUCAGCCAGCCACAGGUACGGACUAACCCUCAGUCUCAGAUGGCUAAUAAGACCAUCCUGAUCCCCAUACCCAUCUCCAAGGCAACCCCGCCGCGUUUCAGGAACAGCCUGGAGGGUCUUAAUCAGGAGAUUGAGCGCAUCAUCAUCCGCGACACCACAGAACAACGAGAUGAGGUCAUCAUUCCCCAAGAUGUCCCAGACGGGCACCGCGCACCCCCGCCCCUCCCUCUCCAGCGAAGCAGUUCCACCCGCAGCAUCGACACACAGACACCCUCAGGGGGAGGACUUGGCGGCAGUAACCGUAGCAACAGCAGCAGUCGGUCUGACUCCAUCUCCCCCUCCUACCUCAGCAUUCUCAAUGACCUGGGGGGGUGCAGCCCCUUCCCAGUGGAAGACAAAGAUCUGGGUCCCUGUUCUCCUCUCCCUAAAUAUGCAGCGUCUCCGAAGCCCAACAACAGCUACAUGUUCAAGAGGGAGCCUCCGGAGGGUUGUGAGAAGGUCAAGGUGUUUGAGGAGUCAAUCCCAAGACCCCUACAGGACAUCCCCCCCUUCCUGUGUCCAGACCGGAACAAGGUGAACUUCAUCCCCAAGAGCGGCUCAGCCUUCUGCCUGGUGAGCAUCCUCAAACCCCUGCUGCCAGCCCCGGAGCUCAGCUUCAGAUCAGGGGUUGGCCUCCGCAGCAUGUCCCCCUCCAUGAUGCCUCUGGGUGGGGUUGGCCUGCACAGCCUGUCCCCCUCCAUGGUGCCUCUGGGUGGGGUUGGCCUGCACAGCCUGUCCCCCUCCAUGAUGCCUCUGGGUGGGGUUGGCCUCCGGAGCCUGUCCCCUUCCCUGGGGGUAUCUCGGGGCACAGUCCACCAGCAGCCCUGCCUUCCCAGACACCUUGAAGAACCAGAGAGCUAGAGCUCCACAGCGCCACCCCGGUGGACAGACUGAGGAAUAACAUCACAGUCAUAUGAACAGAUGAACAUAGUGAACAUUAUACCCUGGCACUUGAGACGCCUUUAGCAUGCGAACUCCCCUGGUUAUAACUCCCCUCACCCCCCAGGUCCUGCCUGGUCAUAACUCCACCCCUGGGUUCUGCCAUGUCAUAACUCCACCCCUGGGUCCUGCCUGGUCAUAUCUCCACCCCUGGGUUCUGCCAUGUCAUAUCUCCACCCCCGGGUCCUACCUGGUCAUAACUCCACCCCUGGGUCCUGCCUGGUCAUAAAUCCACCCCCUGGUCAUGCCUGGUCAUAGCUCCACCCCCUGGUCCUGCCUGGUCAUUACUCCACCCCUGGGUCCCAGCGUUCUAUUGAUCCAAUGUACCUAGAGCAAACAGAAAUACCUUUUUUAUUUUGUAUGACAUUAAACCAUGAAGCCCUUCCUCGGACAUAUCUUUUUUAUAUAAUUAUUAUUUAUCUCGACUAAAGAUAUGCCUUGCUAUGUGGUUUCUAUGGUGAUCCACACUGCCGUGGUUUCCAGGAUGAUCUGGUAUAAGAGAUACCAUCGCAGAACUUUUUAAGGACGGGGAAGAAGAACAUGAAUGUGCCUGAAGAGCUGCCCCCUCCUCCAUCACACCUGUCAUUUUGUAAUGUAUUUGUUCUGCUAGGGCUGCGGUCCGACCCCCCCUGGAUGUCCAGGCAGUGUGGCUGCAGAGAGCAGCCCUGUGUGUUUUGCUAACCUUCUGUUUGUGUUGUUGUCCUGAUUGUCAGCGGACCUGAGUCGUGUCUGGCCUACUGGUUCUGAAUGACUGUACUGGGGUGUCAGUGGGUUAGUUUACAGUGCCUGCCAGGGUAAAUACGCGCCUGCCAGGGUGCCUGCCAGGGUAAAUACACAUCUGGAAUGUAUUGGAUGUGUAGGUUAUAGAAGCACUGGCAGCGUCUCAUUAUGAGACUAACAAGAUGUGGGAUGGGUUGAACAGUAUUAUAAUAGUAAUAAUAUUACAGUAUUAUUGUUAUAUUAACCGUGUUUUAUUACCCCCAGUACUGUGAAUAGCAAUAUUAUUUCAACGUGGAUUACAGUAUUUCAUAUUUAAAUCAUAAAGUAGAAGUUCCUUUCUCCAUCUCAGGGUUAGGGUAUGGAUUGGUUAACUUAAGGUAUGUUAGUUGUAGCGUGUUAGGUUACUCUAGAAUUAGGGUCAGGAGAUGGUUUGAACUUAAGACAGAGUUAAUUGGGAUCCAGGCUAGGUAAGCGGUUAGGCAAUAAACACUUCUGAAAUAGGUGGCCCGUUUUGGUUUUAACAAUGAACCCAGAGUCAGAAUGGAUGGGAAACACUUUGAGCAAAGAUUACGUGAUUAUUAAAUAUACCAGUUUGUUCUACAUCACACAUUUCUACCUUAUCAGUGAUCAACAUCACAGCACCAUCUGAAUGCAGCAGACUAGCUGUACAACAGCAGAUUCGAUUAUUGGAUAUUGUAUUUGAUCUUGGUAACAGAAGGUUUAGUAACAGGGAACCACCUAAGGGGCGAUGUAAGAGAAUAUGUAAAGAACAAACAAGACAAAUACAAAUGAAAACUUCAAAGCAGUUUAAUUAUGUUCCUUUAAUGACUGUUCAAACAGAACCUUUCCUCCCAUGAUGUUUCAGAGAGCCUGUUUCAUCCUUUGACAAACAUAAUCAUUUAAGUGAGAUAUAAGGCAUUGUUGAAUAAAAAGCAUCUGUGAUUGGUAAA